AUGAUUCCUACUGGAAAUUUAGAAUCACUAUCCAAAAAAAGGAAAAUUCCUCAUUUAAUAAUUAAGGAAGGAGAUGAAGGCUGGGAUUAAAUGACUGGUUAUGCCAAAUGCUAAAAGUAUUUUGGAGAUUGCUGUGGUUGCUUAAGAACUUGGAUUCCUUGUAUUUUUUGUUGUUGUGUAGAGUAUCCAUACAUGCAAGUUCGUUAAUUUUCAUCAGGUCUUAUAACUCGUUUUGGAAAGUAUGUUAGAUAAACCAAACCUGGACUAAUUUAUGUUAAUCCUUGCACAGAUAAGCUAAUUUAAGUUGAUAUGCGUCUAUAAGUUAUUGAUUUAGAUAAGCAAUCAAUAUUAACAAAGGAUAAUGUCGUAGUUACUAUUGAUGCUACAGUAUAUUUUAGAGUCAAAGACCCCAAGCUAGCAAUAUUUAGAAUUGAAAACUACUAAUUAGCAAUUGAGUAACUUACAUAUUCAUGUCUUAAAAAUACUUGCGGCUAGUAUGUUUUGCAAGAUUUAUUCGAUAAGCGUGAGGAAAUUUCAAGUGAUCUCAGAAUAGAAGUAGAUAAGUACACAGACGAAUGGGGAAUAGAUGUUGAAAAUAUUUUAAUAAAAGAUAUUGCUUUAAGCUAGGAUUUAUAACAAUCACUAUCAUCUGCAGCAAGAGAAAGGAGAUUAGCAUCAAGUAAAUUAAUUUAAGCUUAAGCUGAUGUUGAAUCUGCAAAGUUGAUGAAAGAAGCAUCUAAUGAAUUAAAUUCAAAAGCAGCUAUGCAAAUUAGAUAUUUAGAAACAAUAAAAAUGAUUUCUCAAUAAGGUGCAAAAGUCAUCUUUUUACCUAAAGAUGAUGACUAAGAUCGUAUGCGUCAUAGAAUCACUCAAGGUUUGAUGUCAUGA